CGAUUUAAAUGUGUAAAAGGUCUUUACCAUGGCAAUAAAUAGUUUAACUAGCUGUAUAAUAAAAGUAAUGAGGGAGGACACCAACAGAUUAUCCACUUACAUGUAGGUGAUAUGGUGAGACUUGCAAUUCAUCAUGACUGUGGGUGUAAAAACGUAAAGACAGAGCAAAGAAUGUUUGAACUAAAGCACACACGCCUCUAAACGACUCACAGUAGUCGUGACUCGUGCAGUUAUCUAUUAUGCUGGCGCAAAGUCCAUAGUAACACAGGUUUGAAACCUGUUGGACGUUUACUAUACCGUCAGCUUGAACCUGUCUGGCGAAUCUCCUCUUAUUUCGCUGAUUAACGGGGAUUAUUUGCCCGCGGAUACUCAAACUCAAAUAAUCCCAUGAUAAGAGUCACUUCUUAGAUCAUAUUUCGUUCACAUUUUGAUGCUUGGUUUGCACACUAGGCCAAAUCUGAACGCAUUUAUACAGCGAGAUGCUGUCUCUCGACUGGCUGAUUAGAUAUUCGCAUUAACGAGCCGGUGUGCUAAGUGUAUGUUUCUGACUAACGUAUACAUACAUAAGAAGCGUUGUAGGUGAGCGGUGAUCUGAUUGGUCCGUCAUGUGGGCAUGGGCGUUACUUCCUGUCAGUCUGGCAGUGUUUGGAACAGUUGGGCUUUGGGUUGUGUAUGCCAUAGCAGUGUCCAAUAACACUGUUAAUAUAACUGAAGAAUUCCCUUACAUCAGCACGUGUGGCUCAUACAGCCCCCAGAGCUGUCUGUUUUCUCAGAUCUGCAACAUUUGCUGUGUGUUGGCUCUAUGGAUUGUCACAAUCAGAUUUCAACAGAUCCGCGAUUUGGGUCGUGCGUCUCAUUUAAAUACUGCAGGUCUCGUGCUUGGCUUCAUCUCUAGCAUUGGCAUUUCCAUUCUAGGAAACUUCCAGCAAUCUGUAGUGAAUGGGGUUCAUCUGCUUGGGGCGCUCAUGGCCUUCUUCCUGGGUUUGGCUUACUUCUGGGUCCAGGCGUGGCUUGCGUACUACAGCCCGCCGUCACGUGACCGCAGGUGGGUGGUGCCUGUGCGUGUCAUCCUCUGCAGCCAGUGUACUUGUUUGGUCAUCUGCAUGUUUGUUCUCCAUGGCACAGGGUUUCGCUCUGAAGCUGCCAUGUGUGAGUGGGCUCUGGUCAUGUGUUUUUUUGCACUGUUUGGGAUUUUUGCAGCAGAGUUCAGACACAUUGACUUUCACAAGCUCACCGUACAGAAGAAGGGAAUAAAAACCGCCAGUGAUGCUAAUGGUGUGUGGACAUUACAAGAGAUUCACUGAAGAAGAGCUGGCAAGUUGUGGCUGUGGUAAUCAGACAGAUACACAUACAACUGGAGCAAACUCACCAUAUAACAUGGACACAACAUUGGACUAUAACCUGCACAACAUUGCUAAAUGCACACAUACAUACAUGAUAUAAAAUGCUCCCAUUUUACGCCACGUUUGGCGUUGAAUUUGAGUUGGAUUUUACAGUAUAAAUUAUAUUGCGGAAAUGCUAUGCUGAAUUUAUGAGCAACAUUGUUUACAUGAUAUAUGUUAUAUACUUUAAGAUGAUUAUAGUGUAUAAUGUGAGAGCAUAAUCAAUGUAGUAUUCCACUUGUUUAUGUUAUUAUAGUACAACAAACGGUAAUACCUCAAACCGGAUCUCUUUGGUCUGUUUUUUAGCCUUAAUGACUUUGUUUACAUAAUGCUAUUAAAUAUAUUCGGUUAUAAAUAA